GUAUACUCUGUAAACACCUUGUUUUUUUUGGUUGUUUAUUUUAUUUUCCUUAUUUAUUUGCAUUAUUCCUGUUCGGGACUGCGCUGGAGAACUGAUGCUGAAGGAUUGCUCACCUGGUCCUUUCAACACACAAUAAUAACCUUUCAGCAUGGCUGAGAAAACACUGGACUCUGGCUCGGUCAGCAUUCCCAUGGAAGAGACCAAACUCCCUGGAGGAGCCCCCCAGGAGGCACCGCUCCUCACCCACCUGAAGAAAGUGGAGAACCACAUCACAGAGGCUCAGCGCUUCUCCCACCUCCCGCGGCGCUCCGCUGUGGACCUCGAGUUCAACGAGCUGUCCUACACCAUCCGGGAGGGCCACUGGUGGAGGAGGAGAGGCUACAAAGCUCUCCUCAAGUGUCUGUCAGGUAGAUUCUGCAGCAGAGAACUGAUUGGUAUCAUGGGACCCUCUGGAGCAGGGAAAUCCACUUUGAUGAAUAUUCUGGCAGGUUACAGGGAAACUGGCAUGAAGGGCACCAUCCUGGUGAAUGGUCGGCCGAGGGAUCUGAGGACAUUCAGGAAGAUGUCCUGCUACAUCAUGCAGGACGACAUGCUGCUGCCGCACCUCACUGCGAGGGAAGCCAUGACGGUUUCUGCCCAUCUGAAGUUGAACGAGUCUGUGCAGGUCAAAAAAGAACUUGUGGAUGAGAUCCUGACAGCUCUGGGUCUCCAGGAAUGUGCUCAGACACGCACCAACGUUCUAUCUGGGGGUCAGUGUAAAAGACUGGCCAUUGCUUUAGAACUGGUCAAUAAUCCACCAGUCAUGUUUUUUGAUGAGCCCACCAGCGGUCUGGACAGUGCGUCAUGCUUCCAGGUCGUUUCACUCAUGAAGUCUCUGGCUCAGGGAGGACGGACAAUCAUCUGCACCAUUCAUCAGCCCAGUGCCAAGCUCUUUGAGAUGUUUGAUAAGCUGUACAUCCUUAGUCAGGGUCAGUGCAUUUACAAGGGGACAGUCCCUUAUCUCAUCCCUUAUCUGAAGAACCUGGGCCUUCACUGUCCAACAUAUCACAAUCCUGCUGAUUUCAUCAUUGAGGUGGCAUCGGGAGAGUAUGGGGACUUGAACCCAGUGCUGUUUGAGGCGGUCCAGGGUGGACUCUGUUCAGAGGAGGGCAAGAAGAACUCCAGAGACAAAAGUGAUGCCUCCUGCCCUUCUCAGUGUCAUAGUGACACGGGAACCCUGGAGAAGCAUAGCUUCGCCACGAGUACAUUCACACAGUUCUGCAUCCUCUUCAAAAGAACCUUCAUCACAAUAUGCAGGGACACGGUGCUGACCCACCUCAGAGUGAUGUCCCAUCUGUCCAUUGGAGUGCUCAUUGGCUUGCUUUAUCUUAAAAUUGGGAAUGAUGCUAGCAAAGUCUUCAACAACACAGGCUUCCUCUUCUUCUCCAUGCUGUUCCUUAUGUUUGCUGCCCUGAUGCCCACAGUACUAACCUUUCCUCUAGAGAUGUCUGUCUUUGUGAGGGAACAUCUCAACUACUGGUAUAGCCUUAAGGCGUACUACCUGGCCAAAACAAUGGCUGACAUACCGUUCCAGGUGAUGUGUCCAAUCAUGUACUGUAGUAUAGUGUAUUGGAUGACUGAACAGCCUCCAGAGGCGGGUCGCUACCUCCUCUUCAUGGCCUUGUCAACAUCCACAGCUCUGGUAGCCCAGUCCCUGGGACUGCUAAUAGGUGCUGCAUCGACAUCACUGCAGGUAGCAACAUUUGUUGGUCCGGUCUCAGCCAUUCCUGUGCUCCUCUUCUCUGGCUUUUUUGUCAACUUUGACACAAUUCCUAAAUACCUUCAGUGGAGUUCUUAUGUCUCCUACGUCAGAUAUGGCUUUGAGGGAGUUAUACUCUCCAUCUAUGGGAUGAACCGCUCAGAACUUCAAUGUCCAGAUGUUAUGAUGUGUAAAUUUCAAAAGCCGGAGGAAGUUCUGCAGCUGCUGAAUGUAGAGGACGCGAAGCUUUAUGUUGACUUCAUGGUGCUGGGGCUUUUUUUCCUGAUCCUCAGACUGGCCACCUACCUGGUUCUCCGCUACAAAGUCAAGUCAGAGCGUUAAGAUGUCACUAGGAAUCUCAUGCAAAUCCUGGCAGUGUGAUGAAACAUACAGUCCUCCUUUCUCCAACUCUACUUCACCUUCACAUUGACUAAAAGACAAAUGCAGUGCACACAAUCCUCAGAAAACUGUGCUGCAACAUUACCCAAACUGCACAGAAUGAUAAGGAUGGAAGAUGUUUGGACUGUCAAAUAAUUCUCUAUAUCCUACGCCCGUUACAAUGUGGUGAUCCCUACAACCCCCUAACCCCCCCCCGCCCCCCCCUAGUGGGGAGGAAUACCCAAUGAAUUAACCCCAAAGCAUGUUUCAGUAAUACAAGAAAGUUUCAUUUUUACAUUUUGGCUUCAAGGAAAUUGUGACAUGACUGAUGCUACACCUCCAAGGUAAUAAAAAAUACAUGCUAACCCUCCUGAGACAGGAAGGUCCAGUGACUUCUUUUAAUUCAGUGCCUAAAAGGUAACUUGGACAACAUCAUAAUCAUUCUUACUGACGUGUAAUCAGUCAAGUUGAUCACUCAGCAAGAAAGAGUUCAACAUAAAAUUCCCUCCUAUUCCUGUCAAACGAUUGGAAACUUUCCAAGGGAGGAAACAUUUGUGUGUCUUAAACUUGUCUUUUGGGACAAUCUUUUCAGAUACCUGUACCUGGACACUAAACAUGCUGACUUCCGACUGCCAUUGGACGACUCACAUUUGUUUUCCAGUGUAGAUCAUUUUCACAGGCCUUCUGCCCUACCAUGGAUGGUGGCGAAGCAUUAAAGCCUGAAUUUAACUGUUUGCGAAUUGCGUGUCUUAUGUAACAAACUGAUAUAGAUUUAACCUGCGACCAGCCCUGAGAGUCCUUACCUGUUCCUUAUUGUUUGUUUUUGCCAUGGCAAAGGAAGCAUUGACUGACCUGGGAGACAAAUGUGAUAGAGUUUCCAACUUGAUUCAAGGAGUUGAGUGAAUGAUGCUUCAGAUAAAGAAACUAUGUUUGUCUGUUCGGUGACACAGUUUUGACACUUCUUUCUUUAAAAUGCUUGUUUCCACUUGUUGUGUGCCUCUCUCCCCCUAUCUCAAAAAGAAAGUAACCCCAUGUGUUCUUUCCUCAACCUUCUUUCUGCUUUGCUGAUAAAUGAAAAAAGUGUGCGGUUCAAAAGCAAUGCUUGUUACUUGAAAUGCUGGCUGGGCAUUUUUUUGUGCCUCUGAACUAGAAUAAUUUGAGUUUACUCCGCUUCUUGUUGGAACAUACGUCUUAUGUCAACAUACCUACGAUAUGGAAGUCCUCACAUACUAACAUACAGAUGCACCCACAUACAGACACCCACAAACACGCUUACCUUGUUUGAAAGAACCUUUCCUCGUCACAUGGCAAUGCAAAUAUUUUCCAAUAAACUUGCUAUGAAAUAUUUCUUACUUAAACUAUGCUACUUAGUAACCCUUAUAAUGAUGCAUAACAUAAUGUGAACAUAUAAUCAAUGAUUGUACAGUGAAUAUGUGUCAUGCUGUAAAGAAAUGUACAUUAGCACUUUUAAGUAUGUUUAUUCUUUUUUUUUUAUUUGUAUUUUACGUUUAGGUAUCUGAGGAAAGCACUGCUUGAAAGUAUGAGGACAAAUGAAUGUUGUACGAUAACUCUAGGAAUUAACUUUCUAAAGCAAGCUCUGAGGUUACCGUGGUGAUUAUAUUUCCUCUCUCAAUGUGUUUGGUUGGUUGAAGAGAUUUGAAUCUUCUGCUUUCUGCUCAACAGUUUCAGAAUAUUUGGAAUCAAAUGUGCACUGAUGCAGAAAUAUAAAAUUUAAGGAUCAGGAGGGAGGCGGUGAUAUAAAUGUUUGAAAUUUGCCAGGUUGAGACAUGGAUGUUGAGCCAUCAACCGAUUGUACAAGUAGGGAUGUCCUGAUCAAGUCUUUUGGUCCCCAGUACUGAUCCAAGUCAUUUAAGAAUAGGCAAUUGCCAACACCAGUCUGAUGCCUCAAUAGAAUCAUUACUGUGAAUAUUGUUGAAAACUCAGUAGCUUUAAAAGACGGCAAAACUUAAGUCACCCACCAACGACUUUUGGGACACUCCAUUAUCCAUUUUUUCAGGACAGGAACAUAUUUUCCUGACAAAAGUUUAUUAAUGGCAGUCUUUAGUUUCAAACAGCAAAAAUCCUAAAUAAACUCAAUUCUUGCUCUUGCUGAUAAUGUUUCUAUGCAGAGCAGUUAGCUAGGUGCUAUAUGCUAGGCUAACACUGGCAUAUUUAUUCUCUGUUGGGAUAUAGACUUGUUGGUAUUUUGAUUUGUAACACAUUUCAGUAUGGUUCCAGUUAAUCCUGUGUGAACAAAACUUAUAGAAAAAGGGUGUUUUUCUGCUUCAGUUUGUUCAAAUGCUAGGCUGUGUUUCCAUGUUUACCCUGUUUUGAUACAGCUUUUUAAUAAUUAAGCUAGUAACAUUUUUAGUGUGACCCACUAUGGAUGAAGCGGUAUAGAAAAUGACUGACUGACUGACUGCCAUUUUUAGUUUGUUUUUAGUUACAUUUUGUGUGGAUAAAACUUACAGAUUUUUUUUUUCUAGCUUCAUUAUCAUAGCAUUUUGCUUUGAAUGUUAUACAAUUUCGAUAAGACUGAUAUCUGUCUGGGGAUAGUGCGCAGAAAAGAUUAAGUUACUCAAUAAUAAUUCCAGACACUCCAGUAUGCAUGUUUUUAAUACCAACAGACCUUUUGUAACAGUAGGAGUUUCUGCAGAUUUUUGUUUCUAAUGAUGUAUCUGACUCAAAACAGACAACAGUCUUCAACAAACUAUGUAUUGUAGCUGCUGGCAAUAUUAUAAUUCUAUGCAGCACAGUUUACUAAAAUGCUAGGCUAAAGCUAGCAUAUUUACUCUUUGUUUUGAUAUGACUCUUUAAUAAUUUGGCUCAAAACAUCUUUUGAUGUGGUUCCAGGUGAUUGCAUGCAGAGAAAACUUCCAGAAAAAGAUGUUUCUGUAUCUGUGUAAGCCUUUGUAAAGGGUGAAAAACAAUGAGAUCGUUGGGGAGCACCCAGAUUUUUUAUGUCAAUAAAAUAAUGUGAUUUACCUAUUGCAUGGUUAAGCAAGUCAUGCAAAUGUGAAGAGGCCAUGAUUUUUAAAAGUUGCUUUUUGAGAGUGAAGCUUAUAUAAAAUCACUAACUUCACCAUCAUCCGGUAUAAGGAGGGCCAAACAUUUAAAAAAGGUUGGGAAAACCAAUACUUGUAACUGGAUCAGGACAUCCCUUGUAUCAACAUGCAGCUGAAGAGAUUAUCAGCAUCAACAGGGAAGCAAGUGAAUAAGAGAGCAGACACAGCGAGAGAAGGGUGCAGUGGGAGUUUUGUUUCUAACAUGACAGCAGGUGUUAACAUUGUGAUGUUUUUAGAGUAAUACCUCCCCCUGUUGUUGCUUUAGUCACUUUAGAGAUCCUAUCUUCCUGUUGGUUUCAUUAUGUGCAAUAAUCAUCCAAAGGUAUUUUGAACUUUACGAAAAAAGAACUGUGACACUUCUAUAAGAAGCAUGUUGUAUUUUAGUGUUUGUUCUGUUUAUUUUCCUCAAUCAUUUAUUGUUACAUCUUUGAUGGAAGUUGGUUAAAUUUAGGCAGAUGGACCUUAGAGGUACUGCCCUACCGAUAUAAUUGACCAUCAAGUUGCAACCUAAAAAGCCAUUGUAAACAUUUUUUUUUUACACAUCAAAAUCAGUGAAGUUGGUAAAAGACAUGAAAAGAUGAAAAAGCCAUCAAUAAUAAACAAACAUUUUAAAUAGCUUCUAUACAUUCUAUUCUGUGAUUGCAAGGGGGAAAAUGUCUGCCAAAGUUUGGCAUUUACAAUCUGCUCCAAAUCGUAGGUUGUUUGGUGACUGUUCUUGUCAAAUAUGGUUUGGACCAAGCAGAUGCUACAUAAUUUUACUGAACUUGGGAUUGGAUGAUGCACGUAUGCAGCAUACUGUAAUUCUUAUGUCUGUUUCUCAGUCAGUCAUUUCGUACAUUUUCAUUUUCAAGCCACAAGACUUAAAUGCACUCCUUCAUGCAUGAUAAAUAACAAUAUUCAGGCUAUUCCUACAAAGAGCUUUACAGAUAAAGUGAUUCAGUUGAGGUUGAUAUUUCAUGAUAUUUUCUUUUUGAAAUAUACUUUGCUCUAAUAUAAUUUAUCAUCUACAGCUUAUUUCAGUGUUUGUCAACAAUCGCAAGUUCUGUAUAAUGAAUGCUGUUCCAAGGAUUAUAAUAAAGAUAAUUUAUAACCUUU